AUGUUUGCUGCACUUGAUGUCGAAUUAUUUGGAAAAUUAGAAUGUAAUGAAGAACGUCCAUGUACUGGACUUGAUAAACAUGCAUAUUUUAAAGAUUUUGGUGUAUCUUUUUUAACAUUAUUUCGUAUUGCAACCGAUGAUAAUUGGAAUGGAAUAAUAAAAAUUAGACUUUUUUUCUUUUUAAUUAUUAUUUUUUUGUAUGAUUUUUUUAAUAUAAAAAGGAUGCAUUACGUCAAGAUGAUUCUCCACAAUGGUGAAAAAAAAAGUCAUUUAAUGAUAGGCUGUGGAUGGAUUGCUGUUUUAAUGAAAAAAAACUUGAUGUAAUUUCAUUAAAUAAAAUAAAUAUUAACAAAUUUUAAAAUAUUUAUUUUAAUUUAGAAAUCAAAUCAAAUGAUAUCUGAUGAUACGAACGGAAAUAGAUAAAGAAAUUGAACGACAAUUAGAAGUUGAUGCACAUGAUAGAGAUUAUCUUGAACAACCAUUAAUUGAUGAUAAAGAACUUGAUAAAUAUAUAUUUAUAUUUAUAUUUAAUUAAAAAUAAUAUAAAUUAUUUUCCAUUAACAAACCCCAAUUUUACAUUUCAUUCAAUAAGUUGAAUAACGAAAUGUUUAGAAAAAGGUUUGUCCAACAUAUAUCAUAUAAUAACAAGUUAAUACUUGAAUAGAGAUAGUCAAUAAUUGAUAUUCAAAAUAAACAUAGAUAAGAAAAGAUUAAUCUAUUU